UCAUGCUUUAGUGGGCAGAUGAGGCUUUUUCAAGGAAAGCGGUUCUUCUCAGUGCUGUUGGCUCUGCUCCUGCAUUUCUUUUCAAUCUUUUGUUUUAUCCACAGACGAACAUCAGUGGGGAGUUGGACAGUUUUAUAGUGGCUCUUGUUUCCCCACCUUUAGAAGGAUUUGGUUCUAUGUGUGUGCCAUGAUUUUAAGAGCAAAUGAAAGUGUGGCAGCUUGGUGCACAUCCCUUAAUGACAAUGUCUGCUCACUAAUUAUCUUGUGAGUUUCUUUAUAAUCAUCUACAAAGAACCUGGAGCAGCUCAGGCCUACUUUUGUCGCUGAUUAUAAUACUCAGUGUAUGUUGGAUGAGAUUGGGAGUAUUUGUGAAGAUUGGGUGUGGUUCAAUGCUGACGCGUGUGCUGGCCCGGCUUGCGUCCCUCUCCAAAGCUCAGAUCCUCAAAGGCCACACCUAUCCCCCUCUACUCCGACCCCCCACCCGAGGGUGUUUGGGUUUUGUUGACGAUGGAUGGAGGGCCUCUCCCCAGUGUGGCAGACUCAGGCAGGAGUGUUCCAAAAAGCCAGCCUGUAGCACUCAGCAGGUGGCUAACUGGUCAAUGUCGCCCCCUUUUGGCCAGUAAAACAGCUACUGCACUGAGGAUAACUUUCUUGUAACUCAUAACUGCAUCAGUAUAGAACAAAAACUGGUUUACCAAACUGACCUAAGGGAAGGGAGGUGGAGUAUCGUUACACAGCUAAAAUGGAGGUCCAAUACUGCAAACCCCCCCUGUGCAGCUGGGGGACUCCUUGUAAGAGGAGCUUCUGUUGGCCUUACAAUGACAGCCCUGUCAUUUGGCCCCUCCCCAUCUACGCGUCACACAUCCGAGCUCCGCUGAGCUCGUUUGGCCUCCAUCUCAUCAGGCAUCUGCGUGGAGCACCAAUGGGGGGCACAGAGCACAUUGUCCAGCGCGCCGCCUGUACAAAGACCCCCCUGUCAGUGGCUGGGCUCUCCAUACUGUCACUGCCUCCUACUUGCUGCCAGGACCCACAUAGCAUCAUUACGGAAGGAAGAAUAACUAAAUAAAAGUUACCUACUAUGUCAAAAUAACGAUAAACGUUCUGAUUUUGAUGUGUAGUGUCUCAAUAGACAGCAGUGUUGCUUCACACUUCCACGGUUAGGGGUUCAAAUCCCACAUCUGCUUUGUGUUCGUGGAGUUUGCAUAUUUUCCCGGUAGGUAUCCUCCUGCAGCACAAAGAUAGUUUGGCAAGUUUCUGUCUCUAUGGUGUUGACAUAUGCUUACGUGUGCAGGUGUAUGACCUGAGAUGGCAAGACUGGCAUCUUGCUCAGGGUGUACUACAGCCAUAGGCUCCAAUCCCCUGUGACCCCACUUGGGAUAAGUGCUCGGAAGAGAAAUGGAUGAAUAUAUCGACCUUUCCUUGAAGUGACCUUUAACCAUCACCUUCAGCCAGACAUGCUAGUUUCCCUUUUCCUCGGUGUGGCUUAAUCACGUUUAUGACAGACAAAUGGCUCACUUAUUCAUUCAUGUAAUGAUUUACUGUUUUCUCAGAAUGACCAAGGUCUCCAUAUUUCAGUUUAUACACAUCACAUUUUAUGGUAUGCUCUGUAAAACAUGACCAAUGCCUAAAUCCUUACUUAAGGGUUUAUAUACAAUUAUGGUUUAUAUGCAUAUAUGCAGUUUUACAACUACGUUCAGACUUACUUCAAUUAUUCUGUCCUGUGUUUUAAUGGUUAUUUUUACAUUGCGUUGUGACCCUGACCGAGAUUAGAAGUUGAAAGAUGGAUAAUUUUUGUUGAAAAAUAAUAAAACCUGCAAAAAUUAGUCAUUGCAACAAAGCCUUGUAAAUCUGUAAUAGGUUUUGCACUACCCGAUUACGUCGGUUCUGGUCUCCAUUCCCACUCUGUCCUGGAUAAGUGGUUUGGUGAUGGAACGACAACAUUGCCGGAUUAAAUAAAUUUGCAGUGUUUUGCUGCCGCCUGGCGUUUAAGUCUAGCAACUGAAUUAUAUUUUCUCGUUGAUUCUAGGUAUUCGAGUAUCCAGUAUCGUUAACAGUGUAGCAGGGAAAACUAUCCGCAGGGAAAACAUUAGGUAGUUCACAAACCGCCGUGUGAGACGCUUACGUUUAAAAGGAUCAAAACCUUGGAUAUGUAUUUACCGUUCACUACCAGACUAUUAGGUAUAGGUCAGUGUGUUGUCUUUUUCCGUAGUUAUAUGUGUUAUACCGAAACUGAUCCUUCGUAUAAAUACAGUAAUUUUAAAAUAAUGUGUUAAAUAGGAACUCCGUAACCUUGACGUGAAGUUUCACAGGGGAGCACUAAAAAUGUGACACACUGCGUAAGAAGUUCGUGGAUUGAUUAGUGAAAACCAUGAGCCUCAGAUAAGGGGAAUGUGGGAUUUUAUUCAGUUAUUUUGGAGGCCAGAUGCAUAAAAUUUUAUGGAUUCAAGACCUUGAACCUUGGUCGUUGAUUAACGCUUCAUCAGAAACGUCUAAGAUUAACGAAUAAGUGAGUAAGAUAAGUGUCACCAUGGAGAGCCUGGAGGUUAAUUUCGAUGCUCUAUCUUUGGCCCGGCGCCUGCAGCCCAGCAAGCCCAGCUACGUGCUGGACGUAGCCCUUCAGACAGGACCUCCUUCUGGGGACAGACUGAUGGCUGUUUGCUGCUCCAAUCGAUUGGUCCAGCUCCACAGUCUGCACAACCUGUGUCAGCUGCGAGAGUUUCAGGGUCACACAGGUACCAUUUGUGGGGUGUGUUUCUCCCCCACCUCACCCAGCCUCCUGUUUUCUGGCUCUGCUGAUGGAACGAUCCGGGCCUGGGAUGUACGUUCGCCCACCGGGAAAACCGUGCAGGUGUUUAGCAGCUCACAGUCGUAUCCUGUGUGCAGCUUUGACGUCAGCUGCGGCGGCGUAGUUCUGUGUGGUGGCACGGAGCAGCACGACGAGGACAGCUUCCUGUUGUUUUGGGAUGCACGUGCCGUGAAGGGUGCAGAUGGCGGCGGUGUUCUGGGUGUGUACUCAGAGUCCCACAGUGAUGAUAUCACACAGGUGUGCUUCCACCCCCGCGAUCCCGACCGCUUGGCCUCGGGUUCCACCGAUGGCCUGGUCAAUGUGUUCGACCUGAGUUGUAGCUCAGAAGAUGAGGCGCUUCUGGCCACCUGUAACUCUGGUUCCUCCGUCAGUUCUGUGUCCUGGGCGGGCCAUGACUAUGGACGUCUGCUAUGCUUGAGUCACGAUGAGGGCCUCUACCUGUGGGACCUUAGCCAGCUGGACACGGAGGAGCCCCUGACCGUGCUGAACCUCCCUGACGCCCGCAGUUCCACCCCUCUCCCCACCCAGGCCACCCUGGAUUACUUUGUGGGAGGGGCCUGGGUUGAAAGUAUGGAGAAACUGCUGGUGCUGGGUGGGACCCGCCGUGGGGAGGUCCACCUGCUGCACUGUGCCGACCAAGGCCUGGAGCUACUGAAAUCUCUGCAAGGUGGCCAUUCUUGCACUGUGCGCUGCUUUGCAUGGGAUUCUGUCGGGAAUGCUCUGAUCACUGGAGGGGAGGACUCCCAGCUGCUGCAGUGGAAGCCUGGGGCAGAGGAGUCUUCGCCACAGGGGAGGAGCACCCUGAAGAGCCUGUCUGGUCUACAGAUCAAAGCCAGACCCCACUCAAAUCUCAGGAACAGGAAAGGCGGCCAUUUAAAGAAGGGAGCGGAGAGUGUGUGCAGUCCUCCAGACACAUGAGGGCACUGUGGUACAGCUGCUCUUUUGGGGCAGUGAGGAAGGAGGGGGGGUCUCUGAAUGCGGGAGGGGCAUGACGCUGUGAUGCAUACAAGUAGGGUACUUUACCUCAGUGGUUUUGAACUUAAACGGGGGUCAUGUCUACAGAACAUAGUGCCUCCCACUAGAGGAGAAAUGGACAGAGAAAGUGGCAUUUGUCUCAUCACUCCAGUGUCAUGUGAUAUGUCCCGCCCUCCUGGACUGGCACUUUUAGAUGUAAUGGGACAGCUGGCCUCACUGUGCCUUGUGUCAGCAUGUUGGGGGUGUAGAACCCUGAAAAAUUAGCAUGUCCUUUUAAGACCAGCUUUUAACACCCUGGCAUCUUUUUAAAAUCAACUUAAAUCUUUUAAAUUGUCGUAUUUGUCAAUGGGCUCUUUCAUAUUUUGUUUUUAAAGUUCUGGCUUUCUGCCCUUUGUUUUGAAAACACCCACUUGCUUUGCACAGGUCAAGGUUGGUGACCUUGGUUUGACCCCUGUGGACAGAUGGGGGCCCUCAGCUGUGUAGGGCCAGGAAGCUGGUCGUAUUUCACACCAGGAAGGUGACGCUAAUGAGCCAGUAACCCCGGGCAGACUGUGUGUGCCGGCACUGCUAUUCUCUGCCUGCAGGCUGAAAUAUGCUUUACAUCUGGGGGUUUACAUCUGGGGGGUUACCAUUUGUCCUGUGUAGAGAUUACAAUGGGCUGUGUCCUGGUUGGUUGGGGUAUGGGAGGGCUGACAUUUAUCUUCUCAUUUGAAUAAAAGUACGUCUUGAACACCGUGUCCUGUUGGGCUAAAAGUCUUUUUUUAAUUUAAUAAAUUGUCAUACUAAUCCUU